AGCGAAAUCACUGAAGCGAAAGUAGAAUGGGCGAGACAUUUGGACAUAUACUCGGCUUGUUCAAAAAUAAAAAAGCUGUUGAAACCUUGGACAUUAAGUUUAACUUAAGAAAAAGGUCAACUACAUUUAAAUGAAUCCGCCAGAUUUAAGCACUCCAUGGACAGUCUCACAAAAACAGCACAGCCAUGCUUCUUUAAAAAGUGCUAAUUCUAUGCUGGAUUCAAUUGAUUUGAAAAGAGAACCUCUUUUUUCAGUACAAAGGUUUGAUAAGCAGAGAAAGCUGAAUGAUGUGUCGAAUAAAAGCCAGGCAUCAAUGACUGAACCAAUUUAUUUCGACUUUGAAGACUUUGCCACUGAACAACAGUCUCACAAGAACAAUAUUCCUGAAUUAACAGUCCAUUCCAAUUCAGCCAUGAAGUGCCAACAAGAAUAUAAAUCAAGACUGAAAGCCAAAUUUCAGUGCAUUCGCAAUGACAUGUCCAAACAAUCGCAUCCCACGUUCCUGAACGACAUCUUCACAGAGCUUUUCAUCACUGAAGGGGAAAGUGAGAAUGUCAACAAAGAACACGAGGUGAGACAGAUUGAGACAGCGAUGAGGAGAAAAACCACAGUGGACAUUCCAGUCAAAUGCAAUGACAUUUUUAAACACUCGUCUGAAGAAAACAGACCCAUCAAAUGUGUGCUGACUAAGGGUGUUGCAGGCAUUGGGAAAACAGUUUCAGUGCAGAAAUUCAUACUGGAUUGGGCUGAGGGCAGCGCUAAUCAGGAUAUCAAGUUAGUGUAUCCGCUUCCAUUCCGAGAGCUGAACCUGAUGAAAGGGAAACAUUUCAGCUUGAUUGAGCUUCUCCAACACUUCAAAAUGGAAACAGGCUCUGGAGAUAAUCACGAAAACCAAAAAGUUCUCUUUGUCUUUGACGGUCUGGAUGAAUGCCGCUUUCCUUUGGAUUUCCAGAAUAACGGAAAGUUGAGUAACCCAACUCUGCCAGAUUCUAUUGACGUUUUGCUAACCAAUCUCAUCAGUAACAAUCUGCUUCCUGAUGCCCUCAUUUGGAUAACAUCUCGACCAGCAGCAGCCAGUCAGAUCCCUCUUGAGUAUAUCGACCUGGUGACUGAAGUUCGAGGGUUUAAUGACCCACAAAAGGAGGAAUACCUCAACAAGAGAAUCAAUGAUAAACACCUCUCUGGUCGUAUCAUCACGCACUUAAAGUCGUCAAGAAGUCUGUACAUCAUGUGUCAUAUACCAGUCUUCUGUUGGCUCUCCGUUACGGUGCUAGAGAGAAUGUUCAACACAGCAGAAGAUGAAGAAAUCCCCAAGACUCUUACUCAAAUGUACACACACUUCCUUCUCAUCCAAUCCCAUGCGAAAAACAUGAGAUACACAAAAGAGCACAACCCAGGCCCAGAGGAUGAAGAAAUGAUUUUAAAGCUAGGUAAGCUAGCCUUCCAACAACUGAAAAAUGGCAAUCUGAUAUUCUAUGAGGAAGACCUGAUGGCCUGUGGGAUUGAUGUGAAGGAGGCAGUGGUGUACUCAGGAGUUUGCUCACAGAUCUUCAGAGAGGAAUCUGCAUUAACCGAGAACAAAGUCUACUGCUUUAUCCAUCUGAGCAUUCAGGAGUUUUUGGCAGCCAUGUAUGUGUAUUACAUCUUUAAGGUCCACCACAACAAUGUUCUUGAUCAUGAAGAGCAUCAAGAGCUUACCGAGACCACCUUCUUUGAAUUGCAUAAGAGUGCCAUUGACGAGGCUCUAAAGAGCGAGAAUGGACAUCUGGAUCUUUUUCUCCGCUUCCUUCUGGGACUUUCCUUGGAGUCCAAUCAGAGCCUUUUACAAGGCUUGCUUUCUCAGUCUGGUAGCACAGACUGUCAAAGCAUUGUGGAAACCGUUGAAUAUGUCAAGAAAAUGAUAGAGGAGACGUCCGUGCCAGAAAAGUCCAUAAAUCUCUUCUACUGUCUCAAUGAACUGAAUGAUCUCUCUUUGGUCAAGGAGGUCCAGAGGUUCCUGAACUCUGGGCAUUUUUCUAAACUUUCCCCUGCACAGUGGUCUGCUUUGGUUUUUGUGUUACUGACAUCAGAAGAGAAGCUGGAUGUGUUUGACCUGAAGAAGUAUAUCAGAUCGGAUGAAGGCCUCACCAGAUUGUUGCCAGUGGUCAAAGCUUCAGAAACUGCGCUACUGGAUAAUUGUGGACUUACUAUGAGAUGCUGUAGAACUCUUGCCUCCACUGUUGGCUCUAGCUCUUCUAAUGUACGAGUGCUAGAUCUGUGCAGUAACUCCAUUGGAGACAAAGGACUGGAGCUUCUGACAGCCGAACUGGAAAACACACAGUGUAAUUUAGAGGAACUGAGGCUCUCAUACUGCAGAAUCACCACACGCGGCUGCUCUGUUCUUACAACAGGACUGCUUCCAAACCUUCCAAACCUUAGGGUGUUGGACCUGAGUGAAAACAGUCUGAGAGAAGCAGGAAUUAAGAUCUUGGCCAAUUACGUGAAGCAUCAGCACUGUAAACUUGAGAUAUUGAGACUUAAGGACUGCAGAGUUACAACUCAAGGGAGCAUUGAAAUAGCCUCAGCUCUGCUGUCCAACCCGUCACACUUAAGAGAGCUCGAUCUGCACUGGAAUAACCCAGGAGAUGAUGGAGUGGAGAAGCUUUCAGCUGUAAUAAAGCAUCCACUCUCACAGCUAGAAACACUUUGGCUAAGUUACGGUUUGCUCACUGAGAAAUCCUGUCAGUCUUUGGCUUCGGCUCUGAGGUCCAGUGUCUCUACUCUGAAAGCUUUAGAUCUGAGUGGCAACACAAUCUAUGAUGAAGCGGUGAAAAGGCUCUCAAAUGGACUUGGGAGCCCUCACUGUAAAAUAGAGAUUUUGAGGUUGGCAUUGUGUGAGAUCACAGAGGUGGGUGUUGAUGAUUUGGCCUCAGCUCUUGUUUCUAACCCAGCUCAUCUGAGAGAGCUGGACCUGAGACAGAACCACAUCAAAGAUUUCGGUGUAUCAAGACUCGCUGAAGUGGUGAAGAUUUCCAAUUGUAGGCUGGAAACAUUAUGUUUAGGAGACAGUGGGGUCACAAAGAACGGUUGUGCUGUCCUCGCUGCCGCUCUAAACUCAAACCCGUGGUAUCUGAGAGAGCUGGACCUGAGCAGUAAUGAGCUCACAGAUGCAGGGAUGAGGCUCCUUUCUCCUGUCCUGAGGAAUCACAGCAGCAACAUUAUGAAAUUAGAGUAGG